UUUAACAGUUCACAGGAUAUCCGUAAUUUGUUUGAUAUUUUUCUUCGUAUCAACAUAAAAAUGUACACGAAAUACAUUUGUUUACUUGUGGUGCUCUACACAAAGUGUACAAAAUAUAUAACAGGAAACAAAACUAACAUAGGUAUGGUGGACAUUUGAUUUUGAAAAUGGAUGGCACUUUAUUUUUUAACAGUUAUAUAUUCAGGUUGAACCAUGACAUCAAACACACAUGUAAUGUACUGGAGGUCACAAUGAAAAUAAUAAUUGUCCUGGCACUAUCCUGUUAUGCGUAUGGAGUUAUUGCUCAAGAUUUAGACGCCAGUUUACUUUCAAAUAGACUCAAGGAAAUAAAACAGAGUAUUGGGAUUGAUUACUUGCAAGAAGAGUUUAACAAACUACCAUUUACUACAAAAACCGGAAAUGGAACGAAACUAUUAGCUGAUAUUCAAUACAAACUAGCAGCAUCACUAGUUGGAUUUACGAAUGUUCUAGACGCCGUGAGACACGAAGUUUUACAGAAUGAAGACAGAUUUACCACUCAGGCGACGCUUCCAAAAUGUUGUGAUAAAACUGGAACAUACGUGUAUGAUCCAAAAUUCAGAAAAGAGGUUGAUUUUUCUACAGCCUGUGUUACAAGAUCUCCUAGUUCUACUUCUGAUGCCAAAUAUCCACACAAUACCGUAAGCGACAUCAUGAAGACCCAGUACGAUCAGAAUAAGAACGUUUUGUGGCAGCACUAUGGUACCUUAGAGGGCGUGUCCAUCAUAUACCCAUCAACCUAUUGGAACGACUGUUAUAACUAUGAUCCACGCUUUAGGUCAGCCUUCGCCGCCACAGCUUCACCAAAAGACAAAGAUGUCGUGAUUCUUAUAGAUUCAAGUUCAUCAAUGAAGCAGACUUCUGGCGUUACAAGUAAAUCAAAGAUGAGCAUAGCUAAGGAGGCUGCUCGUACGGUGAUAGAGACCCUUAAUCCAAACGACAGAGUUGCAGUGGUAUCAUUUAAUUCAGGAGUUACUGUUCCCAGUGGAGAUUCAAAUCACGACUGUUAUAAAGACACACUAUCAUUUGCCUCCAAAACGAACAUUGAUAAGUUACAGGAAUUUGUCAGUUUAUACAUCCAAGAAUCUAACACUGGUAAUACAAACUUCGAAAACGUUCUCAUCAAGGCUUUCUCUUACUUAGGAUCAACAAACAGCAAUGUGGAUGUUUCAACUAGAGAUCAGGUUAUACUUUUACUUACUGAUGGUGGAUCAAAUGAAGGGCGAGACCCAAGGGAGGUAAUCAGCGACGAAAAUGCCAAAUUACUAAAUAGGGUGAUCGUGUUUACCUACCUGCUCGGUCCUGGAGCAACGGACGAGAUGAAACAACAAUUACUAGAGAUGGCAACUCAAGUGAAGUCAAAUUCAACUUACGGAGACAUCCGGGGAGGACUUUUUACUUACGUUGAUCAGAAUCAGCAUGCGAGUUUAUCAAUGGAAAUGGCCACGUUUUACGUCAAACUACGAUCUGGUAUAAUAAAUAAUAACCCGGUUUACAGUAUUCCAUACGUCGAUCCGUUUUCUGAAAGAGGGCUAAUAACGUCAAUGUGUAAAACCGUCUACGGUACAUCGGGAAAUAUGCAAGGUGUAUCAUGUACUGAUGUUAAACUUAGCGAGCUUUUAAAGGAAGUCGAAUAUUUUGAGGAGGGGAAUUCAUCAUACGGUUUUAUGAUUGACAACACUGGGAGAGCUUUAAUUCAUCCAUUACUUCCAGAGCCUGCCUUUGUAGAAAUUAAUGAAGAUCCCGUUCUUGUGGAUAUAACUAGUCUAGAAAGGACAUCGGGGACAGCAGACAUAAUUAAUUCAAUGAAAAGAGGUGAAUCGGGUAAGAAGACUUUACCAAACGUGUAUUUUACCUUGCCUAGAGGACGUCUUGUAAAUGAAGGAAGUCGAUAUUUGUAUUUACAAGCAACAUAUUUUUGGGGACCUGUGCAAAACACAAAAUUUUACUUAUGUAUUGUUUUGGGCGAGGAAACGCAUACUGUCAUCUCGGAAGCGGAUUUCGAUAUUUCAAACUCAGAGCUUGAGAAUGUUUUCUUAUAUCAUAAUCGAAGUCUUGCAUCUGACGGUCAGCCAGAUUGUAGAUUUAAUUAUAGAAAAGUAACGUUAGCACAGUCGGCUAUAAAAUUUACACCUUCAGCAUUUUCAAAUCCGUUUCAAUAUAUUGAUGAAACCGAAACAGCACAGGAUGUGAGAGAAUAUACAGAUUAUUUAACUAGGACAAGUUUUCAAAACCCUGGGUUUAAUGAUGAUGUCAGAGCCACAGUUUGGGCUACGUAUAAAGCUGAAAUGUUUUGGAAACAGCAGUUUGAAAGUCAACUGGCUUGGAAAUAUAUUGGAACCAAAGCCGGUGUAAUUCGAGUGUAUCCAGCCGUUUCGUUGACUAAGUCGUAUGAUCAUGAAAAAAGAACAUGGUGGAGGGAAACGACAUCUCAUCCUGGAAUGAUUUAUAUUACCUCACCCUAUCGGGACGCUUGGGGUUCAGGAAUCCUGCUGACAUUGGCUCACACUAUAUACAAGAGAGAUUCAAACCAAGUAACAGCAGUAGUUGGUACAGAUUUUCCCCUACAGUAUUUUAGUUACUUUAUUGAUAACAUAUAUCCUGUUUGUACGACACAGGACUUCAAAUGUAUGAUUAUAGACGACAGUGGAUUUCUGGUCAUACACCAAGCUUUUAAAGAAACUACUGACCCAGAAUAUUUUGAUGAUCCUAAACACAUCACUAUUUUAGAACCCGCCAUAGCAGAUGCAAUGAAACAAUAUGGCGUGUUUAAUUCACUCACUUGUGAAGAUUUGUCGACAAAAAAGGAACUUAAAUCGUUCAGGGUCACAUUACCAGCUGGUAGAUCUACAGGACUCAGUUUUGACCAAACUGAUAAUAAGUUUGAGUUGAGGCCAGUUAUGGACACAAACAUCUUUAUUUUGAGAAUAGCGAAAGGAUCAAUACUUGAUGGCACAACAUCAUCAGCAUGCACAUGUGACAGUAACGUUCAACCAGAUUUUAGAGAGUGUAAUAACAACUGUAACUGCAUCUGUUAUACACCUAUAGUAUACAAUGUUUGUACGAACGUAUACACCACAACUUCAGCAGACUCCAGUUUGCCAUGCAGUGCUCGAUUACUAGAUAAAUCUGGAAUAAGUGUAAAUGAAGAUUUGACAGGACUACAAUCGUGCUUUGAUCCCAAAUGUAACGAGAAAAAGUCUAAAAAAGAUUGCUACAGUGAGUUCCAAUGUAGUUGGUGUGAGUUUACAUUUAGAGGAGGAAUUAUUCCAGAACCUUGCUGUAGAAUUAAGGGAGAAUGCUCUUUUGGAAAGACUAAAGACUCAAACUCGGAUAUUUGUGAUGCUUCACAUAAUGACGUCCUACCUAAUGAAGCAGAAGGACCAAGUACCGGUGCAAUAGUUGGAGGAACAAUAGGGGGACUAUUAGCUGUUAUUCUCAUAGUUGGUGGAGUCAUUUUUCUUUUGAGAUACUUACACAAAAACGAUAAUUGUGAUAAAGAAGACACGUACUUAGAUGCUAUACCUGACCAUCUUGACUUACAAAAUGCACAAAAUUACGGGUUUGAAUCUAAUGGUCACUUUAAUCCGCCAUCCACAACCAGUAACUUUUCUUCUGGAAGUCUUUCAAAUGGAGGAGGAGUAAGACAUAGUUCCAUUUCAGUGGUAAGUGACGAAUCACGGUAUGAUAAACCUACUGAAUAACAUACAUCGAAGAGAAGGAUAAGAUACUGGAAUGUUUAAUUGUGGAUUCUGAAGGCCUUAUUACAGGGUGUUUGUUUCUCUGCUCAGGAUAAAUUGUAGGAUAAAAGCUGUACAGAGCUUAUGUUGCAAUGUUAUGCAUGUAUGUAUAACCGACUUUAAAUAAAUCUGUUAUGCUUAUUAUGGAUAACAAACAGGUAUCAGCUGUUUGAGGUAAAUUUUGUGAAACUUUUAUUCAUCAUGGAUAUUAAAAGUUAAACAGACAUAAGAAAGACAUACAUUUGUACUUGUAUGGUAUAGUGCUGAUUGUUUUCCAUACUUUAAGAAUUCAGAUCAGGAAACAAUCACAUGGACUGAAUAUUAACACCCAUAAGUGUUACUUCAGGUACAUGUAAUGGAUAUUGUGCAAUAUGUCAAUACCUUAGUAAACAUUGUAUCACAUUUAUACGAAUCAAUAUAUAUUUUGUCAGGUUUAAAUUGUAUAUUUUCACAACACUUGUAAUUGUAAUGUAUAUGUUAUGAAUGUGAAAAUACAUUUGUCAUACUUUUCAGUGUAUUCGAUACUAAUAUGUAUAUACCUCAGGAAUAUAUUACCUUAGCUGUAUUUGGCAAAACUUUAAAGAAUUUUGGUCCUCAAUGCUCUUCAACUUCGUACUUUAUUUGGCCUUUUUUAAAUUUUUGGAUUCGUUACUGAUGAGUCUUUUGUAGACGAGACGCGCGUCGGCGUAAUUAAAAAUUUAAUCCUGGUAUCUAUGAUGAGUUUAUUUAGUAUGUAUAAAUUUUAAAGUAAAUUUGCUUAUACUAAGAGCUAAUUUAACAUUAAAGUUUUAGUUUGAAACAGAUAAUUGUUUUCUCUAACGACUUAGGAGUUUUGAACAGUGGUAUACUACUGUUGCCUUUGUGUAAUAUUCCAUUAUACGAUAAUCAUGUAUUCAUCGUCUGUUAAAUAUCAUUUAAAGGAAUGACUGCGAUGCUUGUUCUGUCUAUGAAGAAAUAACAUCUUAAAUGGGUUGCACACUGAAUAACUCGCGUCAUUUCUUAUAAUUUAAGUCUAAGCCGCGGUAAAUCAUGAAAAACGUUGUUUACGUCACUGUCACAUGAUAAAAUUAUGUUUAUAAGUUGAAAAACACUGUCAGCAAAUCAGAAGACGCGUUUCAUUCAAAAUUUUAUUAGUAUCGGUUGUCAUAAAUGUUGUUACAAGAGGUAUAUUUCACGAUAAGACAAUAUCUCCAUUAGAAAAAAAACCGAGGAUGUAAGCAAAUGCAUGCCAAUGAACAGCCUUCAUAAUGAGCAAACAUAAUACUAUAUGGUAUACAUGUAUGUAUAAUGCCCUACAACAAAAAUAUAUUUACCUACAUGUAUUUGUCUGACAAAUUUUUAGGAUUGUUUGCACUCAACGCUUUUCAACUUCGUACUUUAUUAUUCUUUGUUAAAUUUUGUUUUAUUCGAGCGUCACUGAUGUUUUUUUCUGACGAAACGCGCGUAUGGCGCAAAUACAAAAUUUCAAUCCUGGUUUCUAUGAUGAGUUUAUUUGAAUUGCAUAUAGCAAUACGUGAAAUAAUUCAAAAGUAAUAACAUAUAUCAUGUAUAAUAUUGUUAGUUUGAAUAAAGUAAUAUAAAUAAACGAAAAGCAAAUAUUACAGACGAACACUAGCUUAGAUCCAUUACAUUUUUUUUCAUAAAUCAGCAAAUAAAAUAUGUUAUACUUACUGAUAUACUAUGUAUAUGGAAUUCAUGACAUUUCAAUAUAUGUUUAUUUUUUCAAUUUUACAUUUGCCAUUUUUGUAUUGAAUUUUAUGCAUGUAUAUUCUAACGUUGUUUUUCUUUUAGAGACAAUAAACUGUUUUUGAUUA